GUCAGUCGCCAGUCGGUCGGAGCCUCACACGAGCGGAAGGUGACGGUGGGUACGUGCGAAGCCCAUCGUUCAUCUCGUUCUCAUUGGCUGUGGUGUGGUUAUAGGCUAAUAGCCUCUAAUUCGAGCAUCUGAGUCCCCUCCAUCAAUUCCCUCUCCUUUGCUCUCACAUCAUCAUUCAUCUCUCUCUCUCUCUCUCAACUAUUUUUUUGGGGAGUGUGGUGGGAAACUGGUAGUAUAUAUCACUUUACAGCUCAUCUUUCACUACUCUGAGCUGCAAUCGCAGAUCGAAUCCAGGUGUCUUUCUUGAUUGCUUCUCUGGGUGCUGAUGCCAUCCUUGUCCAUAUAUGUUUAAGUGCAAUGCCAGAUGAUUUAUAGCACCUUCAAAGUUAUUGACUGGUGCCACAAUGGGCAUAUUUUUGGCGAAUUGUCCAAGGGCAUUGUCUCACAUUCUACUACUUUUUGUUAUGAUCAAUUGCACGAGAGCUAUCAGUCCUGAUGGUGAGGCACUAAUAAGCUUCAGAUCAGCCAUUCUGAGUUCAGAUGGUGUCCUGCUCCAGUGGAGGCCUGAGGAUCCUGAUCCAUGUGGAUGGAAAGGAGUAACAUGUGAUCCAAAGACCAAGAGAGUUAUAUCUUUGAGUCUGCCUUAUCACAAAUUAAGUGGAUCUAUAUCACCAGGCAUUGGGAAGCUAGAGCAUUUACAGUUUCUAGCCCUUCAUGACAAUAACUUUUAUGGGACAAUGCCUCCAGAAUUGGGAAAUUGUACAGAGUUGCAAGCACUAUAUUUGCAGGGUAACUACUUAAGUGGAUUAAUACCUAGUGAACUGGGAAACCUUUCAGUGCUUGAAAAUCUGGAUCUCUCCAGCAACUCUCUAAGUGGAGCCAUUCCACAGUCAUUGGGGAAAUUGUACAAGCUCGUAAUGCUAAACGUGUCGAGCAAUUUUCUGCUUGGGCCAAUUCCAUCUGAUGGUGUGCUUGUCAACUUCAAUGAGAGCUCCUUUUUGGGUAAUCGUCGUUUAUGUGGGAAACAAGUCAACAAGAGAUGCGAUGAUGUUGAAGGUUCUCCAAUGGACUAUGAACCCCCCAUUUCAGCAGAAAACCAAGGUGGAAAGAGAAAAUACUCUGGGCGCUUGCUUAUAAGUACAUCUGCUACUAUUGGUGCACUACUUUUGGUGGCUCUGAUGUGUUUUUGGGGUUGUUUUCUUUAUAAAAAACUUGGUAAAAAUGAUGGUAGGGGUCUCGCAAUGGAUAUCAGUGGAGGUGCAUCUAUUGUGAUGUUUCAUGGAGACUUGCCAUAUUCUUCAAAAGAUAUCAUUAAGGAAUUGGAGACAUUGAACGAGGAACAUGUGAUUGGGUCAGGGGGAUUCGGGACUGUAUAUAGGCUUGCAAUGGAUGAUGGCAAUGUAUUUGCUUUGAAAAGAAUUGUAAAGAUGAAUGAGGGCUUGGAUCGAUUUUUUGAGAGGGAAUUGGAGAUUCUUGGAAGCAUAAAGCAUCGUUACCUGGUGAAUUUGCGAGGAUAUUGCAAUUCGUCAACAUCAAAACUCUUGAUCUAUGAUUUCUUACCUGGUGGUAGCCUAGAUGAAGCUCUUCAUGAAAGAUCUGAACAACUAGAUUGGGAUACCCGGCUAAAUAUCAUAAUGGGAGCUGCAAAGGGGCUGGCCUACUUGCACCAUGAUUGUUCCCCACGGAUUAUACACCGUGACAUAAAGUCAAGUAACAUUCUACUUGAUGGCAAUUUGGAGGCUCGGGUAUCUGACUUUGGACUAGCAAAAUUAUUGGAAGAUGAUGAGUCUCACAUUACAACUAUUGUAGCCGGAACAUUUGGUUACUUGGCUCCUGAAUAUAUGCAAAGUGGUAGAGCAACAGAAAAGAGUGAUGUUUAUAGUUUUGGGGUUUUGAUGCUUGAAGUGGUUAGUGGCAAGCGACCUACUGAUGCAUCAUUCAUUGAGAAGGGCCUCAAUAUUGUUGGCUGGUUGAAUUUUCUAGUCACGGAGAAUAGACAAAGGGAGAUUAUUGAUCCACACUCUGAAGGGGUCCAGCCUGAAAGCUUUGAUGCUCUGCUCUCAGUUGCCAUCCAGUGUGUAUCUUCAGCCCCUGAGGAUAGACCUACCAUGCACAGGGUAGUCCAAAUACUUGAAUCUGAAGUCAUGACCCCAUGCCCAAGUGACUUUUAUGAUUCCAACUCUGAUUAAAGCCUCGAGUAAAUGAUGAAAAUUUUUUGGGGCAGUGAAAAGGGCCCAAGCUUUGCAAAGUUCUAUUCUUUUUACCUUGAUUUAUUUAUUCUUUCUGCUUCUGCGCCCAUUCUUCUCAUUCUCCAUGGGACUGAUUGGUGAGUCGUCAAUGGGAUUCAAGAUCGACUUGGGUGCUUCAUGGGUUUUCUUUCCACACUUGUAGGAAAUUUUCCACUUUCUUGGAGUGAUCUGUUCCCUCUCUUCCUGUUCUAUUUUAUAUGCCUCCGUAUUCUCUAUGGCUGUAUUCAUAAAAUGUGUAUAUGACAUCAUGUAAAUUAUUUUCAUUCCAUGCUCCAAAAAAACCGUGUUGUUCAUGCC